CACCAAAAAUAAAAAUGAAUUUUUAGUUUUGCAGACAUGACUGACCCUACCGAACGAACAAGAUUAGUUCCAGAAAAUGAAGAUCAGCCUCAAUACGUGUUCAGUUCCAGUGUUAACAGAGAAAGAAAGAGAAGAGUCAGACAGUUUCAAUGCUGUCUCUGUUUCAUAUUUUUAUCGUUGUUUCUAAUAACACUAAUCAUAACAGUGGUAUACAGUAUAAAUGAAGAGGAAUCUGCUGGGAAUUCAGCAUUACCUAAUGAUAAUCCAUUAAACGAAACUGAAUUUGUUUCUCCCAUCUUUAUUCUGUUAUCAAAUAACCUACCAAUUGAAGAUGUAAGGAAUACUAUUAGAUCUACUAAUGAUACGCAGUUGUGGGAAGAAGCCAUUGAAUUUGGAAAGAAAGGUUUGAAGGAGAAAGAUGAAAUUGAAAAACAUGUCCCAUCACUUCAACUGAGAAGUCCCAGUUAUCGGCAUCAGAGAGUUGUAGCUACGAGUGAGAGAGGAAGAAACUUAUCAAGGAUUGGAUUCAUCGAGGAAUAUGCUACGAAACAUAUUCAUAGGAAUAAAACUGAUAACAACAUCGUAGAAAAAAUUUGUCAUGCAGAAAAUAUGACAUCUGCUGAUUAUUGCCGGAGGAACAUAACACUAUGCAAUCGUUUAUCAAAAUAUAGAACAUACAAUGGUACAUGCAAUAAUCUGAAGUAUCCUGAGGAAUAUGGGGUGGCAUACAGACCGUUCAGAAGAACUUUGCCUCCAGAUUACGCAGAUGGUAUCAGUAAACCAAGAGUAUCAAAAAAUGGAUCAGCACUACCAUCAGCCAGAACAGUCAGUUUAUUUUGCCACCGGCCAUAUUACAAGAGCGAUCCGAAAUUCACAGUAAUGCUAGCUGUCUGGGGUCAGUUCCUAGACCACGACAUUACCGCCACAGCCCUGAGCCAAAAAUCCAAUGGCAGUACGAUAUCUUGUUGCGACCCUCCGGCUGAAUCUUCUCCUGAAUGCUUUCCGGUCUACCUAGACCAAGAGGACCCUUUCAGAGAAUACAACGUCAGUUGUAUAGAGUUCGUCAGAUCAGCACCAUCUCCGACAUGUUGCUUUGGACCACGGGAACAACUGAAUCAAGCUACACCGGUUAUUGACGGUUCUGUAAUCUACAGUGUGGAUGAAGAGUUUGUGAAAGUAUUGCGGGAUAUGAAAAAUGGAACAAUGAAGGUGUUUGUUACUUCAGACGGGCGCACGUUACUCCCCCUUUCUGAAGAUUUGGAAGAUGGUUGUAAUAGGGAAGAAGAAGAACGAAAUGGAAAAUACUGUUUCAUGUCAGGUGAUCCCAGAGCUAAUGAAAAUUUGCAUUUGACAGCAAUGCACUUACUAUGGGUGCGACAACAUAAUUUAUUGGCAAAAAAUGUAUCCGACAUGAAUCCCCAUUGGGACGACGAACGAAUUUUUCAAGAGACACGACGUAUCGUAGCUGCACAAAUGCAGCAUAUAACCUACAAUGAAUUUUUGCCAAUAUUGCUAGGUGAUAACUUAAUGAAGAAAUUCGACUUAUAUCCUAUGAAAAAAGGUUAUUUCAAGAACUACAGUGAAGAGAUAGAUCCUUCCAUAGCAAAUAACUUUGCUGCAGCAAAUUUUAGGUUUGCACACUCAAUAAUUCCUGGACUGAUGAAGCUUUUAUCCAACGAAUCUUCUGUAGAAUAUAUUCAAAUGCACAAAAUGUUGUUCAAUCCCUUCGAGUUGUACAAAGUUGGAGAACUAGAUAGAACAUUGAGAGGAGCGAUGAAUACAACUAUUCAAGCAAGUGAUCCUUAUUUCACAGAUCAGCUGAAAUCUCACAUGUUUGAAAAAACAUCCGAACAAGUGAAACAACCAAAGUUAUGUGGCUUGGACCUAGUGUCACUAAAUAUUCAGAGGGGUCGAGAUCAUGGCUUACCUGGAUAUUCAUCAUGGAGAGAACACUGCGGUCUGAAGCGACCAAGAAAUUUUGAUGAUUUGAAAGAUGACUUCCAUCCCGAUGCCUUACAUAAUAUAAAGACAAUCUACAGGUAUUACUUUUUCAACUGAUUUAUUCUUUCCCAAAGCUAUAUUUAUUAGGGUAAACUGAACUAAUUUAUAAAAAUCAUAUAGAGAAAGAAGUAAGCAGUCGUAGACAAGAAAACUGUUUGUUCUGUUCAUACUUUCAAGACUUUAAUUGGCUGUUCUUCAGGAACUCUAUAGUACAACAUGUAUAAUAAAUAACAAUUACAAGUGGAAGUGGUACUUACGAAAAGUGACGGCUACACAUUUAUAACAUCACUUUCUGUAAAUACCAAUUCGACUUCUUGUAAUUGUUAUUAUUCAUAUAUCUUAUUGUACAUGGCGAACUUUCACAAUUUCACAAUUUUUCUUGGGAAUCAUUACUCAAUCUAGAAUUUUGGGAAAAGUAUUUUAUGAAAAAGUAAAUAGUGGACUGUUGCGAUUAAUUUAACCAACAUACUUUUGUCGCAGUCUCACAGCUUAAUUAUUUCAUGAAUCCCGUUAGUUUCCGUCAUCUUGUCUUUCUGGUUUUCUAACAUUUACAGAAGUAUACAACUCAUUUUGAAUAUUACUUUCUUGUUAAGCCCUUGUAACGGUUUAAAUUUCUGAAUUCAGAAGAAUCAGUAGAGCCGCCCUAUAGGUUCGUUAUUUUAUCAGAAUAUUGCUGGGAUGGUGGGUUGUCUAUUAAGCAGGAGUAAAUAAAUCCGAGAUUUUUACAUUCAGGACUUGGGAUAAAAGGGCAGCGUUUACAUAUAAAAAUUCCCUUUUCAUCAUAUAUGUAGGUUCAUUUUAUGUUGUAGAUGUGCAAUGAGGAAGGAUU